UUUUCCUUACAUCGACAGCGGUCGACUCGUUCACUAAGUUAUUCGUGAAUGAACUUACGCUGAUGGAUUUUACGUGUUUGUUGUAGUAGAAUGUUUUUGUGAGUGAUGGUUAAGUGAAACUGAACGACGUUUCUAACUUGGAUUUUACUGACACAAAAUUAUUUGUUUACAAGAGCGGCGAUGGCAAUAGGCGGCGCCAUGGAUGCCUGUGGGAGAUGUAUGAAAAUAUCCCUGGUGGUCAUUAAUAUGCUAACUUUUGUGGGUGGUGCGAUAGCUCUGGCUGUCGGUUUAUGGGUAUGGGUGUCAAGGUCGUUUCCAAGCACACUCAUGAGCAACAAUAUGUUCAUCGCGUCAGUGGCAGUGGUGGUGGUGAUGGGCGCUGCAAUGAUGAUAUUAUCCCUUCUCGGCUGCUGUGGAGCAGCUAAGGAAGUCAAAUGCAUGUUACUAACGUAUUACAUAUUGGUAUUCAUCAUGUUCGUGGUGAUGCUGGUAGGCGGCAUCCUGUUGUUCGUGUUCAGGGAGAAGGUGCUCAUGACCCUCGAGAGAGAGAUGCACGCCUCUAUCCCUUAUUAUGGAGUGAGGCAUGAGUAUACACGGGCGUGGGACGAAACGCAAACUAACCUCCAGUGCUGCGGUGUAAAGAGUUACAAAGACUGGAACGAUAAUGUUCCUGAGAGCUGCUGUCGAGAAAUCUACCCGGGGAAACGACAGGACUGCAAGUAUUCACAAAAUCCAACAACGAUGUACAUGGAUGGUUGUAUUAGCAAAACAGUAGAAUUAUUGCGAGAAGAUGCAGUUUUCGUGGGAGCUGUAGCUAUAAUUGUAGCUUUGAUAAUGGUGCUGGCCCUCAUAUUUUCUUGUGGAUUAUUCGUGAAAAUAGAGUGACGAUAUAGGAGAAAAUAUAUUUUGGUGACUAUUUUGUUUGUUAAUCAGAAUGACUGCUGAGUAUAAUUACAUUGUUAUGCGACCGAUCGAUUGUCUGGUGUCAUACUGUGCAUUACAUUUUCUAAUUUAUUUUCUAAAUGUAGGUACAUACUUAUAAUAAAAUUUUAUAUUGAUUUUCA